AUGUCUCAAUACCAUGAGUUGGCGGGGCAUGCUAAACCAUCACGAGUGGAAUCUAAGAACGAUUCUGUUUGUAACGUUACAUCUAUAUUACAGCUAAAACAUAAUUUGGAUAGAGAUGUGAAGACAGAAAAGCAAAGCAGUAACAUGCCUUCACAAUCGGACAAUUCUGAAACUAUACAUCUUUUGUCAAAGGACUCACAAGUGCCUAAACAAACAAUCAAACAUCAAGGGCAGAAAAAAAGGAAACUUCAGCAGUUUUUAUUGGCUUUUUCACUAAGCACUAAUGGCAGUAGAGUUCUCAGCACAGACCCUCUGCCUUCGUCAACAAUUCAGGCUGUCAGUGGAGUGAAGGUCCUUAGUCUGAGCUGGAUUUUACUAUUCCACACCCAUUUCCUUACAAAGGGCAGCUCAAAUAUAUCUCCACCUUGGACACGGCAUUGGUCUUUCCAAAUUAUCCAUAAUGCAUUUUAUGCAGUGGAUUCAUUUUUCGUGAUAAGUGGUUUGCUAUUGAGUUAUUUAACUCUCAAAGAGUUACGGAAAAGAGACGGAAGACUGAAUUGGCCAAUGUUCUAUUUCCAUAGAUUCUGGAGGUUAACUCCAGCCAUGAUGCUUGUUAUAUUGGUUAACACAGCAUACUUUCAAUACUGGGGCUCGGGGCCCUACUGGCCCUCAAGAUCCACCGAUCACGAUCAAUGUACCCGUUACUGGUGGUUAAACCUGCUGUAUAUACAGAACUUCUUUCCAAUUAAAAUGCAGUGUUUAAGAUGGGGUUGGUAUGUGGCGUGUGAUAUGCAGUUUUAUGUGAUAUCACCAUUGCUGAUAUAUCCUCUAUAUAGAAAACCAUGGGUAGGUUACGUUAUAGCAGGGGCUAUAAUUCUCAUACAGGCUGUGUUCAGAGGUGUCAUGUCCGUAAAAUUGGACUUAUCUUUCAACUCUUCACCCAAUACCAAUGUCUUCCUUAACCAAGUGUACGACAAACCGUACAACAGCGUGAGUGCAUACGUCAUCGGAAUUCUAACUGGAUAUAUCAUGUGGAAAACAGAGAGACGCGUAACUAUACCAAAACUGUGCGUGGUCCUGGGAUGGAUUUUAGCCCUUGGUAGUAUUUCAUCUCUGGUAUUUGGGACGAAUGAAUUUUACGAGGGACAUAAGCCCUCUAAAUUUGUUAGUGCGCUCUACAACUCCUUCUGCAAAACAACGUGGGGUCUAGGUUUAGCUUGGAUCAUUUUUAUCUGCGAUGUAGGAUAUGGAGGUUUUGUCAACACAUUCCUGUCCGCUAGACUGUGGUCCCCCCUGACUCGCCUGACCUACUGUGCUUACCUUGUCAGUCCUAUAAUCAUAAUUGUCUACCAUCUAAGUCAAAGAUAUCUUAUUUACAACUCAGUCAUGAAUUUAAUCUUCCUCUUUAUGGGAUUUUGGAUGGCGAGCUACGGAAUAGCUUUCUUCGUUUCCUUAGCAUUUGAAGUACCAAUGAUAGGACUCGAAAGGUUAUUGCUGAGACGAAACAAAGAUUAA